AUGGCAUCGGUCGACCCAUUGAGUAUCGGCCGUGACAGGAAGAUCAGGGGGCUAAUAGAGUUCUCCGCGGAUCUCCUCCACAAGCUACCGACCUCCCACGACUCGAGCUCGACCGACACUCUUCUCGCCGACUUGAACCAUCACAUCACCACAGUCAGCGCCAUAUCACAGAAACCCGGCACCGUAUCGCCCGAGACCGCAGAAGAUUUGAAGGAAGCCGGCCGCACACUAUGGAACGAGUGCAUUAGGGAGAAGAGGAAACGGAAUGAUGUGCUAGCAUCACCAUCGAGGUCAAAGCUGCUGGUCCGAACACGGCUAUUUUCGUUUCUCGUCAAUGUUUUCGCUCGAGAGAGCCUCCGUGGGAGGAAGGGGAACAAGGAAGAUGACGCUGUUGCAAUCAUCAACCAGGGUUUGAUGCUGGCAAAGAUUUGCAUCGACGAGUCGGAUUUAGAUGCUGCUCGAUUGGGACUGGGCAAGGUCACCAAGUACAUCGACAAGCUCAGGCAGUUGGAUGCAGAGAACCACAUCGGUCCCGAGCACAGAUUGAAUAUCGAGGCGGAAUACCUGACCAUGCGCUGCGCUUUGUCGUCUAAAGAGGACCGCCUGGACGUUGCUGAACAUAUGUAUACCAAAGCCGAUGAUCUCCUUCGCUAUCUCGAUCCGUUCUCUGCUGAGCAACUGGCUGACACACUUCAAGAUAUCGGGACUAACUUGUCGAGGAAGGGUGACCAUGAGAUGGCGCUCAAGUGGUUGCGGCGAGCGCAUGCCCUCAUCAACGGCCAAGAGUUGGGGAGACUCUCGACAGAGGGGCUGGAGAUUCGGAUGUCCAUUCAUCACGACCUUAUCCAGACACUAUUGGCGACACGCUCGCCCGAAAGGGUUCAAGAAGCCGACGACUUGGUAUCGUAUGUGGAAUCGGAAAUCGGGGACAAACCAGUUGUUCUGCACUGGAAACUAGAGAUCCUUCAAAGAAGCCCCGGCGAGAUCUUUGAUGUUGAUGCUUGUGCAAGCAUACUGCGACGGAUGGUUCGCUCCCUGGACUUGUCAGAUGUUGCACUGGGGUUUCUACUACACAACAUCAAAGAGCUCCGAGAUAGGGGUUCUCGACUGGCAAUCGGCCUGCUCAAUGAGCUAUUACUGACUAGGCUGCUACCAUGCGGGAAUAUGGAUUGGAUAGGAAAGACGCUUGUUCGACGAAUAUGGAUGGGAACGAUGGAAACCGAGACUUCUGAUGCCGCAACGAGGCUCAUUCAACUUUUAGAGCAACUGGCUGAAGACUCUAGGCCAUGCAACGUAGAUGUUGCAGCCGCAGCACAGUCGCUCAUGUGGAAAAAGCUCGACGCGAGUUACGCCAAGAGAGAGUACGACGUGGCAGAGUUGUGGUGCCGAGUUGCGCUCCAUCCCAUCUUCUCGAGUACAGGAGAAAUGAGCCAGGGCAAGUUUGCACGACGACUGAUUCUCUGUGCAAUAGCUCGCAGCGACGCGGAUGCUGCCAAAUCCACCUUUGAUACUCUACCGACAGCGGUUCAGAAUGACCAACUUACGAGAUACCUCAUGUUUAAGGUCUCUCUGAUCAGCUGGGAUCAUGACCUGGGCCGCCAGUGUGUCGAGUUUUUGAGCAAAUCUUCUGAGAAGGCCAAGAGUCGAGAUAUUCUAUACGCUUGCGUAAGAGAGGCACAGCAGUUGGGAGACAAACUGUGUACACUGGAGGCCCUGAAGGCGGUGAUGGAGACAUUUACUGCGGACUCUUCAACAGCGGCAGCGGCUAAUUUGCCGUCUGUCCUAAGAUGUGCCAUCAGGCUGGUUCACAUAAUCGAGACCCAAGAUAAUCAGGGGGCGGAUCAAGCCUCCGUCCUUAUCCAAGAUACCUGCGACGUCUUUGAGAAAGGCAAGUCGCUUCCUCAGCUACCUAUCAAUACUAACACGGCCUGUCUGUUGUUCAUCGACUGCUAUCCCCAAGAUAUCUCGUCGGAGAAUAGCGCCGACUUACAGCUCAUGGCCAUGCGUUGUCAUUUUGUCAUGGCUGCGGCAAUUGUAUCCAAGGCACGAACAGAAGACAAGGUGGACGAGGCACUCCAGCGGUAUUUGGAGGUGAGGCAACAUGUUGCAGUAUUUGAUGGACUAUUCGAGAAGCAUUUUCAGAACACUCUCGCAGCCCGGAAUGCUAGAGUUUACACCGACUUGACGGCCAAGAUGUCGACACUCUUUGUCUUUGAUUUUGAAGGUGCCAUCUCUUUGAAGAACUGGGACGAUCUGGGCCAGAUCAUCCGAAAAGCGAGAGUAUGUAAAGACGAAAAGAUGUACAAGGCAAUGGGAGAUUGCCUACUUAGGAGCAAUGCUUCGGGGGAGGUUGUCUACACAAACCUGCGGCUCAUCAUCAACGAAAUCUUUGCUCUGGAGCAUUUCGAUAACCAAAGGCUGGCAAAGUACCUUCGAUGCAUGUUUCAGGCUGUCCUGCCCCUGGAUGACAGCCUUGCCCUGCAAGUCGUCGAGCAGGCUCUCCAGAUCGCACGCGAGUGUAGUCAGAUGCAGAAGCCUUUUCCCACGGAUGAACUCGACUGGAUUGUUGUCACUACGUUCAACCACUCGCUUGACAUCCACGCGAGGGGCGAUGAGGAAAUGUGCCAGCAGUGGGCGCACAAGGCUCUUGCUCUAGCAGAGUAUAUGAGUGACCGCGGUGAUCUAAAAGAUGUACUGCGCGAGAGGGUUGCCAAGUUGUGUUUGGGCAAGGGGACGUCGACAUCGACGUCCAGUUGA